CGGCAUCGCCACCAUCGCCACCAUCGCCACCGCACUGCCAUGGCUCUGCGCGGCUCCUUCUCCCGCCUGCUCCGCGCUCAGCCCGACGCGGCGCUCCGGCCGCACCGGCGGGCGCACUCCGUGGCGCUGGUGGGAGCCCCGCUCUCCAGGGGGCAGAAACGGCGCGGAGUGGACCACGGWCCCGCUACCCUCCGCUCCGCGGGGCUGGUGGAGCGGCUGGCCGGGCUCGGAUGCCAAGUGCAUGACUUUGGAGAUUUGAAUUUCACUCAAGUUCCCAACGAUGAACGGUACAACAACCUGGUUUUAUACCCGCGGUCGGUGGGCUUGGCCACCCAGAUGCUGGCUGAUGCAGUGAGCAGAGCAGUAGCUGCCGGACACAGAUGUGUGACCUUAGGAGGUGAUCACAGCUUGGCACUUGGUUCUGUCAGUGGCCAUGCACGACAGUGCCCACACCUUGGAGUGAUCUGGGUGGAUGCACACGCUGAUAUUAACACGCCUCUCACAACUCAGUCUGGAAACCUCCAUGGACAACCUCUCUCCUUUCUCCUCAGGGAGCUUCAAGAUAAAGUACCACAACUUCCCGGCUUUUCCUGGCUAAAACCCUGCCUUUCAGCAGCUGAUAUUGUGUACAUCGGUUUGAGGGACGUGGAUCCUGCCGAGUACUAUAUUCUGAAGAACUUUGAUAUCCAGUAUUUUUCCAUGAGGGAUAUUGAUCGCCUUGGAAUUCAGAAAGUUAUGGAAAGAACAUUUGAACAACUGAUGGGCAGGAGACAGAGACCAAUUCAUCUGAGUUUUGACAUUGAUGCUUUUGAUCCCUCACUGGCUCCAGCAACGGGGACUCCUGUUCUAGGAGGAUUAACGUACAGAGAAGGCAUGUACAUCACAGAGGAAAUACACAACACAGGAAUGCUUUCAGCUGUAGAUAUGGUUGAAGUCAAUCCACUGCUUGGAGCUUCUCAAGAGGCAGUGAAAGCAACUGCUCACCUUGCAGUCGACGUGAUAGCAACGUGCUUUGGGCAGACAAGAGAAGGGGCACACAUCGCUUUUGAUGAACUCCCAACACCCAGCUCUCCAGAUGAAUCUGACAGUGAAGAGCAAGUGAGGAUUUAAGGACCCAAAGCCUUGGGUAUACUGGACAUUACAGAGCUCUGCUGAGGCACUUGAGUUGAUAGAUUGUCAACACUUGGCAAAUACUGUUAACUUCUCAAUUUUUAAAUAAACUAGUUUUUCCAUUGA